AUUCAAUAUUCAAUGAUAAUUAAAUUGCAAUAACGCAAAAAAACACACAAGUGGGUAGUGAAAAAGAAGUGUGUAGGGUCACGUUUCAAUCGUUCUCUUCUUCUAUAAAAAAGACUCUCUUCUUCUCUGUAUCCUCAUUUUCAUUUAUCCUCUGUUACAUAUCUCAAACCCUAAGAGAAGAAAAAUUUGUUUUUGUUUUUGCCAAAGUUGAUCGAUAUAUCGAAGAUGAAGAUGGGAGGUUCAAAGAGAAGAGUAUCGAGUAAAGGACUUGGAGCUGUUCUUAAAGAACAAAGAGCUAAGCUUUACAUCAUUCGAAGAUGUGUCGUCAUGCUACUUUGUUGGCACGAUUGAGAUCUUCUCUAUCCUCAAGAUUCAUUCUCAAUCUUUUAUGUAUAAAAAGCUUUCAUGUGUUGGAGAGAGACGAAUCGUGAUGUUUGGAGCUUAACCGGCCGGGCGGAUCGGGUUUGAUUCGACGCGAGAUUGUGGAUGAAUCGGUUAAGGGUUUGACUUGUUUUCGAUCAGACCUCUCUAUAUCGUUUAGCAAAUUCUUGUUCUUUGGAGCAAAUAUGGAAAAUUCGAUGAUUUAGUGGAGGAGAGGGCAGUAUUGUAAAUAUUGACGGUAUAAUAGAGAGAGUUGACAAAAUUUUGUAAUAGCUUUUGGCUUUGUUCUAUGACAUUUGAAAUAUAUAAUGAUUUUACAGUUAAUGUAUAAAUGGUCUUUACCUCUUUUCUA